ACUCAUUCAUGAAAUAGAGAGAGAGAGAGAGAGUUGCAGAGAUUACAUGGCGAGUUCAAAGUUUCAAGCUAUGUGGAACCAUCCAGCAGGUCCCAAAACCAUUCAUUUCUGGGCACCUACUUUUAAAUGGGGAAUAAGUAUUGCCAAUAUUGCAGAUUUCUCUAAUCCACCAGACAUGGUUUCUUAUCCUCAGCAGAUUGUUGUCUCGACCACCGGAAUUAUCUGGUCACGUUACAGCACAGUUAUCACUCCUAAAAAUUGGAACCUAUUUAGUGUGAGUAUUGCAAUGGCAGGCACAGGAUUGUACCAACUUGGCCGAAAAGUGAAGCAUGAUUAUUUCUCUGAGGAAGAAGCCACUAUUGACAAGACUCUCUAA